CACCAUAUAAUUCAUUAUUAUUUCAACUUCUUUCACUUUCACUUCAUGAAAAACCAAAACCAAAAAAACAAAUUCAUUUUUACCAAAUCCUUUUCUUUUUCUUCUCCAAAAACAUGUCUUAUGACUUCAAAACCAAUUUUGAUGAGCUUGAGUGGGUGAUUAAAAUACGUGACAUCCUUAAUAAAGAACUUGAUGAUAAUGAGGAAUUAUUUGUGUCCAUUUUCAAUGUUCCUAAGUCACUUAUGGCUAGUGAUCCAGAUUCUUAUAUUCCUCAACAAGUUGCAAUUGGACCUUACCAUUUUUGGCAUCAAGAGCUUUAUGAAAUGGAGAGAUAUAAGAUUGAUUCAGCAAAAAGAUUUCAAAACCAAUUACAUAGUAUCAAGCUAGAAUAUGUUGUUGACCAAUUGACAAUGUUAGAACAUAGGAUUAGAGCAUGUUACCAUAAGUACUUAAAUUUUAAUGUUGAUACAUUAAUGUGGAUGAUGGUUGUUGAUGCUUCAUUUUUGUUAGAAUUUCUUCAAGUUUAUACUAUUCAAGAUGAAACUAUGAUAGUAAGUUUUUCAUCAAGGAUGUCACAUUUGGUUGAUUAUGGAGGAAGAAAAUUAGCUCAUAAUGCAAUCUUGAAGGAUAUAGUAAUGCUUGAAAAUCAAAUCCCUUUAUUUAUUUUGAGAAAGAUGUUGGAGUUCAAAUUCGAGUCAAUUGAAUUGGCUGAUGACAUGUUGAUUUCCAUGUUUAUAGGAUUGUAUAAAGAGAUUUCUCCUUUUAAAAUGGUAGAACAUGACUAUUUGGAUAUUGUUGUUUCUGAGUGUUCGCAUCUACUAGAUUUUUUGUAUUACAUGAUUGUGCCUAAAUUUGAAGAACAGUCAGAUAUAAUAAUUGAAUUAGAGAAUCGAAACAACAAUAAGGAAGAGAAUGAAAAAUCUUAUGGGAAUUAUCUUAAGAUAUUCCUAUGUGAAGUUUGGAGGUUGCUUUCAAAAUUGACUUCAACAUUAACAAGGUCAUUUAAAAAAAUCAUGCAAUUUAGAGCAAUGAAAGUUUUCACUUGGUUACCUUGGACAAUCAUUUCUAACCUUCCUGGAAUGGGAAUAAUAAAGCAACCAGUCGAAUAUUAUUUUUUCUCUGAAGAAAAAGAAGUUAACAAAGCAGAAAAUGAGAAUUUAAACUCAGAAGAUAUCAUUAACAAAUCACUUUUAAUGGAUGAAAUCGCGAUUCCUUCGAUUACCGAACUCUCAAAAUCCGGUGUUAGUUUCGUAGCUACUAAAGGAGACAUAUCAACUAUUUGUUUUGAUGUGAAAACAACAACACUUUACCUUCCAUCGAUUGGUUUAGACAUAAACACAAAAGUGUUCAUGAGAAAUUUAGUUGCUUAUGAAGCAUCGACUGCAUCAGGUCCAUUGGUUUUCGCGCGUUAUAUUGAGCUAAUGAAUGGAAUCAUAGACACCGAGGAUGAUGCAAGGAUUCUUAGAGAAAAAGGGGUUAUUUUGAACCAUUUAAAGAGUGAUCAAGAGUUGGCUAAUUUGUGGAAUGGAAUGAACAAGUCCAUUAAAUUGACAAGGGUGCCAUUCUUGGAUAAGGUCAUUGAGGAUGUUAACCAACAUUAUAAUGGUAAAGUGAGUAUCAAAGUUUGGAAGCUCGUGAAGGUUUAUGUGUUUGCUUCAUGGCAAUUUCUUAUAUUUCUUGCUGUUGUUUUUCUCUUGUUCUUGAUGUCCUUGCAAGUCUUUUGUUCUUUCUAUAGAUGCAACGCUAGAAAUCGUGUCAAGGAGAUUAGAUGA